AUGGUCUACACGAUCGUCUGCCACCUGUACGCCAAGGAAGGCAAGGAAGUCACGGAGAAAAUCCGCAGCAAGCUGGUUGAGGCCUCGAAUGUGUACAUGAAGGACGCGGGAGUCCUGAACUGGCACGUGAUGCAGGACCACCAGGACCCGCGCAAGUGGACCAUCGUCGAGCGCUACGAGAAGAAGAGCAGCUUGAAGAUUCACGUGGCCAACCCGUUUUACGCCACGUUUGGGGCCUACAUGGCACCUCUUUUGGCCAAGAAGCUGGAGAUUCGCAUGUUCAACGAGCUGGAUACGAGCCGUCUCUAA